GCGGCGCGGCGAUGGCCGCGGCCGGGCAGGAGGAGUACGCUUACCUCUACAAGGACUCCGCGCACCCCGACGGCUUUUUGGAGGCGUUCCGGGCGUUUUACCUGGACGGGCUGUUCACCGACAUCACCCUGCAGUGCGCUUCGGGGGUCAUCUUCCACUGCCACAGAGCUGCCCUGGCAGCCUGCAGCAGUUAUUUUAAAGCCAUGUUCACAGCCGAUAUGAAAGAAAAAUCCAAAAACCAGAUCAGCCUUCCCGGGCUCAGCCAUGCAGUACUGGAAGCUCUCGUGAAUUACGCAUACACAUCACAGAUCCAGAUAACAAAGAGAAAUGUACAAAGCCUACUCCAGGCUGCAGACCUGCUCCAGUUCGUAUCAGUAAAGAAAGCCUGUGAGCAGUUUCUGGUAAGGCACUUAGAUACUGACAACUGCAUUGGGAUGCACUCCUUUGCUGAGUAUCAUGAUUGCCCGGAGCUGGAGAAAGAGUCCAGAAGGAUAUUGUUAUGGCAGUUUGAAGAAGUGUGGAAGCAGGAAGAGUUUCUGGACAUUGGCAAGGAGAAGCUCUCUUAUAUUCUGUCCAGAGAGAAUCUCAAUGUUCAGAAAGAAGAGGUAGCCAUUGAAGCUGUCAUUAAGUGGGUUGCACACAACGUGGAAGGAAGAGUUGAAGACAUCUGUGAAGUGCUGAGUUGCAUCAAAGUAGACUUAGAUAAUGUGUAUUUGAGGUCUGCUUUAAGCCUGCAAAAAAAAUGCCGACUCAAUGACAGUAAGAUAAGGUCACUCAUAUAUAAUGCCCUGAACCUCAAUCCCAAAGGUGUUUCCAGAAGAUCCACAGCAGCCAUGUAUGUAAUUGGAGGAUAUUAUUGGCAUCCCUUAUCAGAAGUGCAUGUUUGGGAUCCUUUAACCAAUGCAUGGGUCCAGGGAACAGAGAUGCCAGAUCACACCAGAGAGAGUUAUGGGGUCACUAGUUUGGGACCAGACAUAUAUGUGACAGGAGGUUACAGAACAGAGAGUAUUGAAGCUCUUGACACCGUGUGGAUAUAUAACAGCGAGAGAGAUGAAUGGACAGAAGGCUGCCCCAUGCUCGACGCAAGGUAUUACCACUGUGCAGUGUCCUUGAGUGGCUGCAUUUAUGCAUUGGGAGGGUACCGAAAGGGAGCUCCAGUCCAAGAAGCUGAGUUUUAUGAUCCUUUAAUACAGAAAUGGCUUCCCAUUGCAAACAUGAUCAAAGGAGUUGGAAAUGCCACUGCCUGUGUCCUGCAUGAAAUCAUCUACGUCGCUGGAGGUCACUAUGGGUACAGGGGAAGCUGCACCUACGAUAAAAUCCAGAGAUACCAUUCAGGUAGCAAUGAGUGGAGUAUAGUCACCACAAGUCCACAUCCAGAAUACGGAUUGUGUUCAAUUACAUUACAAAACAAGAUUUAUUUUGUGGGUGGACAGACCACGAUCACUGACUGCUAUGACCCAGAGCAAAAUGAGUGGAAGCAGAUGGCUCACAUGAUGGAGAGAAGGAUGGAGUGUGGCACGGUGGUUAUGAACGGAUGCAUCUAUGUGACAGGAGGAUAUUCCUAUUCAAAAGGAACGUACCUGCAGAGCAUUGAGAAAUACGACCCUGAACUGAAUAAAUGGGAAGCAGUAGGUAAUCUUCCCAGUGCUAUGCGGUCACAUGGCUGUGUCUGUGUGUAUAAUGUGUAAGCAUUUCAUUUUCAUCUUGCUGUUACAGAAAACAGCAGAUGCAGUAUUCAUAACACUACUGAUUACCUCAUGAGGGGUUGUCUCAUACAAUCUCUUUGUGCACGUUGUUAAUAACUAGAUAUAAUUCGUUCUCUUUUUAAACAACGUAGAAACAUAAAUGUGCUAACAAGUUUUCCAUGUAUUUUUCAGUCCAAUCAUUCUUUGUUAUAGAAGUUCUCAAAUUACUCUCUUAUAAUACUUCGUACACCAACAUAGGAACUACUGUGAAAAAUUGAUUUGUUUUUGUAAAUCACUGGAUGAAACUAUGACUUGGUGCUAAGAUGAGUAAAGCCAAACAAAAUACAGUUCUAAGCACUACUAAGGCCUUAAGCUGAAAUCUUUGUAUUCUGAAGGUAGCUGUAGAAAUGGAUCAUUGACACAAGCUAAGUGUAUGUACAGAGCAAUAUCACUUGGAUAACCAGGUUAUCAGAUUCAGAAAUGGGCAUUUCUAGCUCUACCUUCAAGUGCCAGAGCAAAGAACUUAGGCUAGGAAUAAGGGAAGAAAUGUUGGUAGUAGCCCCAGAGCACAGGCCAAAAGCAUGCACUAGUUUUCCAGAAGGAAAAGCAAAAGGGCAUUUCUCUGUCUUUCUCACACUCUCUUCGACAUUGCCAAUGAGAAAUGAAAAUAGACUGCAAGGCUUUGCAAUGGGAUCUUUGGCUGAUGCACAGGUUAUUUGUAGUUUGGGUGUUUUUUGGGGGGAGGGGUGCUCAGAAAAAAGCCUUAAUGUGUUAACUCUUUUUUAAUAUCACUUCAAGAUGUGUGCCUGUGUGGAAUGGAAGGAGGAAAUGAGAGAGACUGGAAAAUAAACAUCCACCUGAGGUUCAAACUUUUCUAUUUUCUUUAAUACCAUUUGAUUUUUCUGUGACUUGAACAAGGGUAACAACUAGAGAAACUAGUCAAAGUAUAUUACGCACAAAGAAAAAAAAAUAGGAUUUAUUUAUUAUUUAUCUCAAGACUUAAUAUGAGAUCUUCAAAUUCUGUGUAGAAAGUGGAUUUUUGUAAAGUGAUUUACAGACAAACAGAUCACACUCUGAGUGGCCUGACAGCAGUGAUCCAAAUGAAGAAAUGCUUUGGGGAACAGAGAAGGCUCUUUUAGCACUGAUCCCCCAAUCCAGUUUAUAAAAUGACUGCAGAAACAGCUGUUAGACACUGGUAUGAUAGGUAGGGACAACACAGGGCUGCCAUAGGGUGUGGUGGGAACUUCUCAUACCAGCACUGCCGCCUAAAAUGAAAUUUUGGUUUUAUUAGAUUUCUCAGAUACAAAGGAGAAGACUUUUCCAAGCAGUAAGCUCAGAGUUUAUAAUAUUUCUUUUGCUUGAUCAUCA